UUUCAUUCCAUUUCUUCCCAUCCAUGCUCCCUAUCCCACCGUAAUUAUCCAAUCCACGGUCAUAUCUCCAAUAUUCUCACCACUCCCUACUCAUCUCCUACGAAAAUUAUAACGCAACUAAAUUCAAGAUCCAAGACUCAAGCAAAUUCUAUCCCGGGUAGAAAGACUACGGUCGAUAGCCCUUUUGAGCCAACAUGUUUUGUUGGCGUGAAUAAACGUUGUUUUCUCUCUCUCUCAAUCACUAAAUAAAGUUUGAAAUCACAACGAAUAUUUCAGCAGGAUAAUGAUCUUGAGCAUAUGGAUACUAUAUAAGAUCGCUAAAUAACUUCAACCCCAUAGAGCACAACGUAUGGAAGUUUCUUGAUCGCAAAAGAAUGCCACACGCUAAGUUGUUUAUUAACAUCGCCACUGUUAAACCUGGGAAUAUUUUAAGACUUACUCGUAGCAGCAUUAAAGUUCUAAUGGGUGUCUUUACUGGAUACUACCGAUUAAACACACCUCAAUUCGUUGGGCCUAGCCGAUGAUGUUGAAUGCCGACUAUGUGCGAAGGACGAGGACACGGUUGAGCAUUUUUUUAUGCCACUGCCUUGCUAUUAAUCGUAUCAGAUUCUCGAUUUUUGGGUCACAGUUUAUCUUCCCAAAGGAUCUGAAUGACUUCACCGAGUAAGGCAUUAAUGCCCAUUAAGAGCAUUGGACUGCACGGUGAAACUUGAUAAUGUUAUCUAUCGGAGUACAAUGGAUCUUUGAGGUCGCGGUGUAAGGUAGGUUGGUCGCAUACCCGAUACAUAAUUUAUGUAAUGUAAGUUAAUUCCAUGCCUCGAAGAUUAUCAGCAGAUCUUGCUGCUAAGUUUUCUCAAGUUGCACAAAUAAACUUUUGACUUUUUAAAAAUGUGUUACUUAACCCCUUUUUGAUAAAAUCCAUUCUAAUUUCAUUUUCAAAUUAUUUUCUUUAGAAUGCCGUUCACCUAGAGUAACAAAGUAUCUAUGUAUUAACAGUAACCAGAUCCUUUUGUGUUUCCCCACGCUGAACACAUGUCGUAUCUGCAUAUUUCACAUACUUUUUUUUGUGGAAACCCUUUCUCCGCGUUAAAAAUCGAUUAAUAAACCGGUUCGAACAAUAAAAAUUCCCUUAGAGUAAUUAUUUUUUUGUUUAUUUAGGAAAUACGUUUUGGUACCACUGACUUUCUAUUUAUCUCACUCAAAAAUUAUAACCUACAAAACGGUUACGUCACAAUUGUAGCUUGUUUUGGGUUGGUUCUCGUUGUCUCAACGAUUUACAAACAAUACAUUUUGCGUAAGGUAUAUAAAUGUUACAGCUUACUACAAAAAGGUUCUUUUACCGAUCCUUUCAAAAGUUUCGUACUAAACCAAAAGCUUCGGAAGUGUUGUCAUGUUACAUUUCGCAGUGUAACGAACCACCAUGGACGUCUUAUUUCAUAAAAUAUAGUAGUAUUAUUGAUGAUCAAUGGGGGAAAUCUCAUUUUAAUUGGAAAGUCGGAAAAUCGAAUUAUCACAUUUUAAGGACCGGAUGUUAUCCUUACAUUAAAUAUCAUUGUACGAAAAGGCCCGACGAAGAUUUGUUGAUCCAAGAUUUAUUUUUUAGGUGGAUUAAAGUUAUCAAUUUGGGCAUUCCUUGUCUAGCUUACGGAAUAGCAGCUAUUAUUUUGAUAAAACACACCGAAAUUGUUCAAACUCCAUAUGGGCCAAUAAAAAUCUACUUUCUCUAUGAGGAAGAUAAAGGUUCAGAAUAUUAAUUAAGUAAAUCGAAUAUAAAUGAUUGCUUAUUUAUUUUUUAGAAUAAAAUGUUUUCAAAAAAAA